AAGAUGUCCCUUUUGUACAUGUUUUAGAUCCGGCUCUGUGUGGGGCACCUGCAGGCACCGUACACGAUGAUGCACAGCACCACAAAGUCAUAUGUGUGUAUUCAUACGGUUCUGUUUCAGCUCUACAGGAAGACAGACUUAGCCCUGCAGUGCAGCACUUCACUUUGCUCGUUUCAGUUCUGAUAAGUAUUUACGACACUGAGCUGCUCUGCCAUGUCAUUAUUACACUGGUCAGUUGAGAAAGAGCCUGAGUGUGGUAACUGCAUGUCACCGUUUUUUAUGUAAGAGGUGAUUCCAGGUGGACUGCUGAAAACUGGAGGUGAAAGCAAAAUGACUUGCUUUUAAAUUCCUUAUCAAGAAAGUCCUUUAUCCAUUACGGUGGGACGUGAAGAGUUCACGUAAGAGCAGUGAAACAUUGAUAAAUGGCUCUUUUUUUGACCAAGUUCCACUUUGUUACACAUCGUUAUCACAUCGUCGUCGCCGUCGUCAAAACAAAAAAAACACACAGUCAUCCACACAUUUGCUCCACACAUUUCUCUGUGUAUUAAUGUGACGGAGGCAGCCCGUGUCACCAUUUUAGAAAAGAGUUUUAUCGCCGAUUUGCCCUGUUCCCCCCCGUCGGCUGAUUUCCUUUGUUGCGUGCCUGCUGGGAUUCGUGUAGAUGAAGAGUGCGAAGAUGUCACGUUAAGUGCCACCAGCUGUUCUGUGUUUUCAUACUAAGAAGGCCCCUUUCCAAAUCUUGCUGGAGCUGAGUGUGCUUACAAAAUUCCACGCAUUAAAAAAAAACAAAAAAAAAACAGCAACCACAAAGCCUCUGACAAGGCUGAUUUUAACUACCUAUAAGUGUUUUAGUGCUCAGCAAACACAGUAAAUAAAACCUCACAGAGUCGACACUGACCAAAAAAUGUGGCAUUCGUAUCAUGAGACGUGAAUGCUGCUUGGCGAUGUAACAUAUGCCCAAGUCCAGUGAAGCUUCUACCGUCGGCCAACGACGGAGGCCACAUCAAACACACAGAAUUUAUCACAGCGUUUGAUAUGCCACGAAAAAGAAAAACGUUGCAUCGGGAAACUUUGAGACGGCUCCGAGUGACCUGUACGGGUAAAGAGGAAGUCUUACCAGCGAAACCACAGCCCUCAUCACGAAGAGGCCAAUGAAAUGGGGGGAAACGGAGACGACAGCAGGCCGGGGAGGCUGAGCCGCAGACUGUCUCGCCUGGGCAGCAGGCAUCAGUCCAGGGAUCCACCGAGACCUCCAGCUCUGCCACAGAUACCUCCUGCUCCGAAUGACAGACCUGUUCAACAAGAUGAGAGGCCUUCUCCACCAGCCCCUGCUCCACUUCCACUUCCUGCUCCAGCUCCAGCACCGGCCCCUGUUCCUCUCUCCCUGCCCAUGGAAAGGCAGCCUAAAUGCCCGGACAAAGCAACCAAGCCCAAACUUCCCCCUCGGCCGCUGUCCAAGGUGUUCAGCAGCACUGAACACGGAGAAGCCGUGUUGAAGGGCUUUGAUACCUUUCGGGCAGAUAAGUCUCUCUGUGAUGUUGUCUUGGUUCCGGGGAACAGCAACGAAGCUUUCCCAGUACACAGAGUCAUCAUGGCUUCAUCCAGCGACUAUUUCAAGGCAAUGUUCACAGGAGGCAUGAGGGAGCAGGAGAUGAGAGAGAUCAAGCUGCAUGGGGUCACUAAGUCGGGUUUAAAGAACAUUAUAGACUUCAUUUACACAUCCAAGGUCAGCCUCGACAUGGGUAAUCUCCAGGACACCCUGGAGGCUGCAAACUUCUUGCAGGUCAUGCCUGUGCUGAGCUUCUGUAAUCAGCUCCUGAGCAGUGAGAUCACUAUCGAUAACUGUGUGGAGGUUGAGCACAUCGCAACAGACUUGCUUCUGGAGGAUGUUCAGCUGAAUAUAGGUGAGUUUGUGAGCCAGAACCUCUCCGUGUUGGUGCAGUGUGGCCGUUACCUCCAGCUCUCCGAGACCAGCAUUGCCAACGCCCUGGCCAGCAACUCGCUGGAAGGUUUCUCUGAACUGGAGCUCUACUACAUCGCCAGACAAUGGCUGGAACACGAGCCCCUUAAACGUCGCUCAUCUGUCCAUGCCUUAAUGCGCCACGUUCGCUUCCCACUGAUGAGCCCCAGUGAGCUGAUUCAAAUCUCCCAGGAAGAUGAAGAAGGAGGCGACUCCAUGAUGCGCUCUGAGACGGCCUGUGUGAACCUCCUGCUGGAGGCCAGCAACUACCAGAUGAUGCCUUUCAUGCAGCCAGCCCUGCAGACUGAGCGGACACAAAUACGCUCAAACUCCACGCAUAUUCUGGCGCUGGGCGGUGUGAUGCGACAGCAGCUGGUGGUGAGCCGGGAGCUGAGGCUGUAUGAUGAAAAGACCGAGCACUGGAGAGCCCUGAAGCCCAUGGAGGUACCACGCUACCAGCAUGGUGUGGCUCUUCUAGGCGGCUUCCUCUUCAUCGUUGGAGGCCAGAGCACAUACGACACCAAGGGUAAGACAGCCAUAGACAGCGCCUACCGCUAUGACCCGCGCUUCGACAAGUGGCUUCAGAUUGCUUCACUCAACGAGAAGAGGACCUUCUUCCACCUCAGCGCUCUGAAGGGGAAACUGUUGGCGGUUGGAGGCAGGAAUGCCUCAGGAGAGAUCGACACAGUGGAGUGCUACAACCUGAAGAAAAAUGAGUGGACAUUUGUUGCCAGUAUGGUGGAGCCUCACUAUGGACAUGCUGGAACUGUACACGGGGACCUCAUGUACAUUUCAGGUGGCAUCACCCGAGACACCUUCCAGAGGGAGCUCUGGUGUUAUGAUCCCGCAGCCGACACAUGGAGUCAGCGGGCCAACAUGACAGAGCUCCGCGGCCUGCACUGCAUGUGCACCGUCGGAGACAGACUCUAUGUCAUGGGCGGGAAUCACUUCCGAGGCAGCAGCGACUACGACGACGUCCUGGGCUGCGAAUACUACAGCCCCGAGACAGACCAGUGGACGGUGGUGGCGCCCAUGCCUCGGGGCCAGAGUGACGUCGGUGUGACUGUGUUCAACGGGCAGAUAUAUGUGGUGGGAGGGUAUUCCUGGAACAGCAGGUGCAUGGUCGACAUUGUGCAGCGGUAUGAUCCAGAGCAGGACGUGUGGGACAGAGUGUUCAACGUGCUGGAGCCGCUGGGGGGGAUUCGUGCCUGUACAAUGACGGUUCACCUUCCGGAGGGGUCAGUGGAUGAGGCUCAGAUCCAGGAGUGCCCGCUGCUCACCGCAAAGAGUUGAGAGCCCACCACAGACUGGGGGGGGGUCUGACUUUUUUUUGACCUGCAUGCUAUGUCGAAAAGAGGGCGCAACAGGAAGUAGUUUGGGUUGCAAACACAGGCUGCAGGUGCAAGCAUGGCUAGCUAGCUAACAUUAGCAUUCUAUAGUGUGAAAUUUCUACAUCUUUCUAUCAAACACUAUCUUUAGUGCCAUUUCCUGUCCAUGCAGCAUCUCUCCUGCUCUGCUGCUCGUGUUGUUUUGCUCUGCAGUUACAGCGUACAAGAGGAAACGCUCAGUGCAUCCUCAAUGAAAGGCCAAACACAUUUUCACGGAUCAAAGUUCAAUCAGGUUUGGACUCUGAGGCAAAACAAGCCGGGAUCAGUUAGACGGAAGGCGGAUCCAUCUGUAUCUUUUCAUUACUCUCUAUUAUUCUCAUAAAGAGACCAAAAAUGACACAGAUCUUUCGUCAGUCAUUUCACACAAGCUGAGAGGAAUAAACUGAGCUCUGUGUGUCAUAAAGUAGGAUCAAGGAGUUUCUCAAACAAAAGCCACAACGUGGUUCAUCCAUGCUCUUUUUUAAGUUUCUGGAUGAUAAUGGAGUUCUGUGGCACAAACAUACAUCAUAAAGCUCGAUCCCUCGAUUUACAGGGUAAUUUCGUCGUAUGAAUCAGGCACCGGUAAAAUAUUGGUGGUUCCUACUGUUAUUUAAAUGUAGGUACAGCUGAAGAAAACACGGCUAUGGGGAACGAGGGAGAGGAAAGGAGAGUGUUUUUUUUUAAACAUGGGCUCCAGUGCUGGGAACUGAACUGAAAAAACCUUGUUCUCAUUGUUCAAUUAAAGAUAUCAUUUUGCAGCCCACAUACCUUAUUAGUACUGUGUAAUGUAAAAUGCACCCUGUAGUUUCACUCCCUAAAAUUAUUGCGGUGUGGAGGAAUAAAUACAAUAUAAAAGGGGAAGCUCAAUUACUCCCACACUACAGGGAUUUAUUGUCAUGUCUUCUACUAGACUGUGUGAUUUGGAAUAAGCACGAGGAAAGAAACGAGACUAUAUUUCUGAAAAUUUGCUCCUAACAGGCAUGUUCAUCCACCACUGUAACAGCCUAUAAGAAGGAAACGCCGGCGUAGAAAAACAAACAAGCCUUUCUCCAUGCACAGCUAUCGAAGGUUUCUCUUGUCGUCUGGAGAAACUACAAGUAAUGUAAUUAUAUAACACAUAGAUGAAGGUGGAUAAAACAUGGAUAAUCUUCAAUGUUAUUGAGGAACCUAGUAAAAUUAUAUAUAUAUAGAUAUAUAAUAUCUAUAUAUAUAUAUAUAUCAGUGGUAUGAUGACAGCACCUUCUUCUUGGUAUAAUUUAUUUUUCAUUUCCUCUAAAACGCCCUUUUGUUCCUCUUGUUCCCCAUAGUCUUGUUUUCUUCCACUGUACCUACUUUCAAGUACCGGUGGGAACCAGUAGUUAUUUUAUUGGUAGCUGAUUCAUACAAGGAAUUUAAGCUGCAAAUCACAGGCUGCAUUACAAGGUGACACCAGUAACACAGGUGCAGUUUUGGUCUGAAGUUGUUUGUACCUAACGGCACUGUUAAAAAACCUACCUUGAUGCCGCAAAACAUGAAUAUAAAGCAAAGAAGCCUGUGAUUCUUCUAGAAAAAAAACCA